AUGUCGACUAGUCCACAAGAUUCAGAGCCUGCAACUAGUGCGGCAUCUAGCAUGCCUGCCAAACAGUUCUACCAUGGCUUGAUGGAAGGAUUCUCGGUCCAGAUCGACGAAGGGCUGGGGUCUCCUAAUGACUUUGAUGGUGUUGAGAGAUACGGAGUGUACGCGCCGAGAGACUACGAUACAUUCUCGAGAAUGAACGAACUUCUUCUCCCAUUAUCUGGCAUGACUCGAGAGAAGGCGACGACCAACUACUUCCCAGUUAUGGAUCUUGCUCCGGAAAUCAGGCUACGGAUAUGGGAGUUUGCGAUCGCUGACGACACCCCCGAUCUGAUCGACUUCUGCCACGACCCCGAAUACGAGUAUGAAGACUUGGCCAGCCACCCUUGGUGCAACGCCAAAUGUUUCUUCACGAAUUGGGCACCGCGCAUCAAGGGAGUGCCGAGAGACUACCACAAGCCGCUAGCAGUCCCUGGGCUCAACCUUCUCUUGACGAAUAGAAAAGUCCAUGCUGAAGCGGCUACUGUCCUUCCUCGAGGAAGAUACCUCCAUAUCCAAGCUUCUAGUCUCGACUGCGCUUCCAUGGUCGCUCUGAAGUGCCCGCACGUCAAGACAGUCGCUUUCCCCAUUCCGGCCUUCCGCAGUGUGCUUGAUCGGCUAUCGUUUAGUGGAAGGCAAGGCGUUCAAUGGUGGGCUAGGUACUUGGCUCGAUAUCUGUCGGAGUUUCCGGACAACUCUAUCGGCAAGGUGGUCUUCUGGGCGGGCGCUACAGACACUGCGGAUGCUAAGCCUCACGAGCAGGGCAUGAUUUACCACAAAAUCGAGCUCAUGGGCCCUGAGCUGGGCAAUGAUCGGUGGAAUAUCAAGUUCACGGGCUCACUCUGA